AUGCAGUCCUCCAUUCAAAGCCCCAAAAACGCGCCAAGCCGCCCGCCCGCCCCACCUCCGCACCCGCCGCCACCGCCGGGGACCCCGGCCCGCCCCGCGGCCCCGGGGCGGGGGGGAGCGGCGAGCUCAGCGCCAAGUUGCACCGAGGGCGGCUCCGCACGGCCGCGGGCGGCCCCUUUGUCCCGGCCCGACGGGGCAGCGCGGCCGCCUCUCGCCGCCGUGUCCGCGCCGCUCCGGAUCCCCGCGGCCCCCGCCCCGCCCGGUCCCGCCGUCCCGGCCCCCGCCCGCUCCUGCCUGCGCGGGGCCGCCGCGGGAGCGCGCGCGGGGGUCUCGCGGAGCCCCGACGGCGGCGGCGGCUCCGCCGAGCGCGUGGUGCGGCUCGCGCCCGACCGCCCCCUCCGCCCGCGCGCGCGCGCCGCCGGCCCGCCCCCCCACUCCGCACUACAACCCCCAGCGCGCCCCGCGCUCGCCGCGCAUGCGCACCGCCUACACCACCCCCCCCGCCGCCAUGUGCUCGCCGCGCGCGCGCCCCCUCCCCCCCGCCCCACGCGCACCGGCCACGCGGGGGCGGCGCGAGACAGCCCCCCCACCACCCCACACACACCCACCCACCCCCUCCUCACUGCCCGGGGAGAACACGCGGGGACCCCCCAAAAAACAGCCCCGAGCCCCCCAUCCCCGGCACCCCCUCCCCGCACCGCCCCGAGUUUCGGCCUCUCCCGCCGCCGCUUCCCCGGUCCAUUGUUGGUGCCGCGGGAGCCGCCGGCCGUGGACGGGGCGAGCGUGAGGGGCCCCGCGGUGCGGGGGAGCCGCGGGCCCAGGCGGGACGCGGGGCGAGCCCCGCGCACUCCUACAGGUGGGUGGCGGCCGCCCGCGCCCCGCAAAGCGCUGCCGCCCCCGCACCCAGCCCGGGGCCCGGGCCGCCCGUCCCGCCCCCGGGCGCACCCCGAGGGUCCCGCUGCUCCUGCAGCCCCCCGGCCGCACCCCGAGGGUCCCGCUGCUCCUGCAGCCCCCCGGCCGCGCCCCGAGGGUCCCGCUGCUCCUGCAGCCCCCCGGCCGCACCCCGAGGGUCCCGCUGCUCCUGCAGCCCCCCGGCCGCGCCCCGAGGGUCCCGCUGCUCCUGCAGCCCCCGGGCGCACCCCGAGGGUCCCGCUGCUCCUGCAGCCCCCCGGCCGCACCCCGAGGGUCCCGCUGCUCCUGCAGCCCCCCGGCCGCACCCCGAGGGUCCCGCUGCUCCCGCAGCCCCCCGGCCGCACCCCGAGGGUCCCGCUGCUCCUGCAGCCCCCGGGCCGCACCCCGAGGGUCCCGCUGCUCCUGCAGCCCCCGGGCCGCACCCCGAGGGUCCCGCUGAUCCUGCAGCCCCCGGCCGCGCCCCGAGGGUCCCGCUGCUCCUGCAGCCCCCGGGCCGCACCCCGAGGGUCCCGCUGCUCCUGCAGCCCCCGGGCCGCACCCCGAGGGUCCCCCCGCGCCCGGCCCGUGCUGGGGACCCCAGCGCGGGGUGUUCGUCCUGCCCUGGCGGGCGGCCCUCGCAGGAAUGCUAAAAAUGUGCUAAUUGUGCCCAGCCAGCGGCCACGGUUCCUCAGGGAUUAG